AUGGCAGCCCUGACACCAAAGACAAUCUCCGGAAUCCAAGAACGGGAAGACGAGCGUGUCAUCCCAAUGACCCGCCGUCCCGACGGCACAUUCAGGAAAGAGCGCAAAGUCCGUCCAGGUUACACCCCUCCAGAAGACGUUACAAAAUACACCAACAGAGUUCUAGAGUCCGUCCGCCCUACUCCCCCUCCUCCCCCUCCUCCACCUGUCGACACCACCCCAAAGUCAAAGGCACAGCUCAAGAACGACAAGAGGAAAGCCAAGCGCAAGGAGGAGGCCGUUGCCGCAGAGUUGGCAGGAUACCCUACCGCAACCGCCACCAACAACAACGAUACGCCUAAAUCCUCAACGACAACAAGUGACUCGACCACUGCUGCUGCUACUGACUCGACGGAAGCCCCUGCGACUGGCCCUGUAGACCCUGAGAAAAAACUGCGAGCGCUGAACAAGAAACUGAGACAGGUCGAGCAAUUGAAGGAGCGUCAGGCCAAGGGCGAGACCAUGUUGCCAGAACAGCUCGAAAAGAUUGACAAAAUGGAUGAUCUCCUCGCCCAGAUCGCAGAACUGUCUCUCUAG